AUGUCUUGGUUGCCAGCUCAUCAAGAUUUGACAGCAAGAAUGGGGCUGCAGUGCGGAUUGAAUGGUUUGAUUUCGUCUGCGCCGCAGAGCUUCAGGCUUCAAAGGCGAUGGACCCAGAAUUAAAGGUUAGGAAAGCUGAAUAAGGAUGGCUGACACGUGAUUAAAAAACUUUCCCUGCCACGUGACCAGUUUUUGUCUGUACGGGAACACCAAACCUGUGCAGGCUCCACUCGCGUUUUACCUACGCUUUGCUUACGCUUUGCUUAUACCCACAAUGUCUGAAUUAAAUCAAUUAUACUGCCCUGGGUGUCGCUGCCCUCGAUCGAUCUUCCAGUUCCCUCUUAAGGAUGGCUGGCGAACCGCGACGUGUGGUUCUUGCCUUGAGCGACAGGCCUUGCGCUAUGCAGCGAUUCAGGGGCGAGAGAGAGAAGGGAGAGAGGGAGAGGGAGAGGGAGAGGGGGAGGGGGAGCAGGCUACAGGGCCGCAAACCCGUUGCUCGAGCUGUUUACAGGUCCGCGAUCUCGGCCGCUUCCUUACCUGUGAGCCCUGUCGUCGCCGGAAUUUAAAGGCAAAGCGUCACCGAGCCCUAAUAACUCGCGUUCCGAACCCUUCCCCAACUCGAGCCGAGCUUGCGGAUCAUAUCCAGCGCCGGCAGCAAGCUACCGGGAAGAGAGAGAGAGGAUUUGCUGGAUACCGGGCAAUUACGGUCGAUGAUUAUACCCGGGAGCCGACCCAAGAAGAGGAGCAGGAGCUCCAGGACCGGCAGCAGCAGCGGAGAAGAAGUGGCAGAGAGCAAGUGAGAGGUUAAAGGAGGGGGACAGGGAAAGGAGGAAGAUGAAGAAGGAUGGAGAGAAGUGGGCUGAGUGGGCAGAGAGGGAGGAGCAAGA